AUGCUUCUGGUGACCAGUACAAGCAAAAUAGAGCUCUCCUUCCACACCAAACUGAUGCAGGAGUUUGUCUUGGCUGUGGCUUUCUUUUUGGACCCGUCGACACACGAAGAUGCGGAGAAGAUGCUGGAUAAUCACAAAGGUUGUUCAAAGUUUCUAGAUUUCUUUAUGUCAGGCCUCUCUGAGCCGGUCCAGUACAGAUUGCUGGAAGACUUAUAGGAAAUGUUCAGCUCUGAUCAGAUUAAAGGUUUUAAAAGCAGAUCAGAGAAAACACUGAAGAAGCACGACAAAUCUAAACACUACUGAUGUUUCCAUUUGCUGCAUCAAGCCCAGAACGAGAGUUUGAUAAAGGAAAUCCUCAACCGUCCUGCACACCCGGGCAUCUUUCAUGAAAACCUGAGCCUCCAGGACGGUCAUGCAGCUCUGAAUUACAUAAUCACAAGUCUGGCUAUUGUUGUAUCCAGAACAACAAUAUUAAGAGAAAUGACGGAGGUCUUGGCUCCAUCUGUGAGUCUCUCGUCAUGCUGCUCCAAUCAUAAAGACUCCAUCCUUCUGCUGGGUUCAGCUGUCAGCCUGGAGCUUUCUCAUUCCGAUCUCAGAGAUGAAAAGUUGCAAAUUCUCUGUGCGGGAUUAAGAGAGGCCAAGCUACAUGGUGGAGUUGAAGCUUUCUGCAAAGUCCUCCGACAGCCUCUUUGUAAACUGCGGAGCCUCGGAUUGCUUGACAACGGUUUGACAGGUGCAUGCUGCUCCAGGUUGAAGGAGGUCUUCAUGUCUGAACACUGCUCUCCGUCAGAGCUUGACCUGUCAUUGAAUAAUUUGAGACAGCAGGGGGCGCUGCUGCUUUGCCAUGACCUCAAAUCACCCAGUUGCCCCAUAGAAAUCCUGAACUUGACAUGAUGCGAGUUAACCACAGCAGUCUUCGAGGAACUGAGCUCAGUUCUUAAAAAUGGAAUAUGCCAAAUCAAAACUCUACUUUUAGCCAUCAACAACGUGGAAGACCAUGGCGUUAAAUAUCUCUGAGAUGCUCUUGCACAUCCAAACCGAUUGUUGGAGGAACUGAGCGUGGAAAUGACCAAAUAGACGGAUGCCUGUGUUGAAGACCUGUGUGCUGCUCUCAGAGCCAGUCAUACCCUGAAACUCCUGGAGCUGAGAAACAACUCUCUCACUAACACUGCCCAUUCAUUAAAGGAAAGAUCCAACACUACAAUCACUGCAUUUAUUGCACUUUUAUCAAGAAAACUUUGGGAUGUUUGA